GUCUGCCGACCUGCCGUCCGCCGUUCAUUCAUUCGCGUACCGUGUGCCAUUCCGUCGUGUCGUUCGUGCUCCGUUGUCCGCCGCGAUUAAUCACUUGAUCGUUUGUUUUUUAUACGCACCGUGUUAUCACACCGCACACAUUUAUUUUAUUGUUGAUACGUUUUAUUUUUUUAUUUUUAUUUUAUUUACUAUAACGUCACACUUUGUUGGUUUUUAUAUUUAGUUUAUAAAAUAAACAUUAAUACCAAUAAUACAUCGCACGGUUCUCCAUAAAUCGUGUGCGAAAAAGGCGAAAAGAACUGUUAGCGCGGACACUUGUGUCAUAGUAACAAAAAUGGUAAAUAACUCGUCCAGCUGCAUAAUGUUGGACGAAGCGUUCUACGACGAUCAGCUCAUCCCCAAAGUCGAAAGCCACACCAAUGAAGUCAACUUCCUGAAGAGACCGAUGACGUUGGACUUAAACUCUUGCAAUAACGAGAACUCAGCUAAGAAACUGAAACUCCUGCCACCCAUGUUGACCUCUCCCGACUUACGCAUGCUCAAAUUUAACUCUCCUGAGUUAGAACGGUUCUACUUGUCCCAACAGACCGCCCUUGGCCAUAUCAGCACACCCACACCGUCCCUAUUUCCAAAGUCUGUGACCGAGGAACAAGAAAUGUAUGUACAGCCGUUUGUCGAAGCGCUCAAAUGUCUACAUCACAACAACGAUUCUAACAGUGCCACUCAAGUAGAAAUACCAAUGACCAGCAGUGGUAGUAAUUCUUCGGAAUACCAAUCAGAACCCCAGUACUCUGUGUUAAUGACUUCAAAUGAUUUUUCCAAUAUUAUACCUCACCAUGUUAUCAAAGAAGAACCUCAAACUGUACCCAGUGUCACGUCUUCGUCGCCACCCAUGUCACCAAUCAACAUGGAAUCCCAAGAAAAAAUCAAACUCGAAAGAAAAAGACAAAGGAAUCGAGUUGCUGCAUCUAAAUGCCGUCGAAGAAAAUUGGAGCGUAUUGCCAAGCUAGAAGAUAAAGUUAAAGUACUGAAAAAUGAAAAUACUGAACUUACCACAGUAUUGAACAGACUCUUGGAACAGAUAUGUCAAUUAAAACAAACGGUUGUUGAACACAUGCAUAAUGGAUGUGAAUUUGCAGGCAACUGCCUGUGACCUUUAAGAAUGAACACAGUUGAACUUAUUGAAAACAUCCUGAAUUUGGGUGCUACUUCCUGCCUGUCUGUGAGUUUUUCAUAUUUUUCUACAAAAUUUUUAAUGAACCGAUAUUAUUGCUUCAAAAAUUGCUCAAUUUCUUUGUAGCCUAUUUUAAUAUAUUUUUUUUUAUACGUUUCAUGUAUGUAAUAAUGUAUACUAUUGUAGGUACAUUAUUAUGAUUAAUUCAUUGAAUUGUAAUUUAAAAAUAAAAUCAAAUCAAUUACCUAUUUAUUUAUGUAUUAUGAAUGUGCAAUUACUAGGUUAUCAUACUGUAUUAUUGUACUUGUCUAUUAUUUUGUAUUUACUCUGUAUUGUGGUAUUAUUUAUUCUGAAUAUUGGUGCAUACAUACUGUUGCAGUAGACUGGCACAGUACUGAUACGGUCACUGUAACAAUAACAUUGUGAUCAUGGUUUUAUCGGUACCAUACCAUCUACCCCAACAGUAUGUAUGGACCUUAAUAUUAUUAACUAACACUAAACUUAUCAAAAUAAAUUAGUAGCAAUAGAAUAAUUUUGCACUUGAUGCCUUUUAAUUGUACUCAAGCCAUAAAUUACUGUACAUGUUAUGCUCAAAAUGUUAUUGAGUACUAAAGAUACCUAUUCCAAGAAUGUUUUUAUAAAAUUAUUGAAAUGCACAAAAUAUUUUUAUAUUAUAAUAUAUUUUUUUUUAAUGUUCUUAACAAUAUUCUACGAUGAAAUUGUUGUGAAAAAAACCAGUGUUGCCUUUUUAUAUGUAUAUUUAAAGUUUAUCUCCUUCACCAUUAUAGAUUAUACUAUUUUUGUGUACCGAAUUAAGGGUACAUGUUAACAACGCAAUAACUUAACUGAUAUUUUAAGCUUUUUACCAGACAAUAAAUAGGCCAAAGUUAAUGAUUAGAUGUAAUUUUUUUGUAAAGCUAUACUUAUAAAAUAAUAUUGUAUAUCCAUUAAUAUUCAUUUGUAUUGACUG